AUGACGAAUCCUUUCAGAAAUCUUUUAAACGAAAUUAUCAAUAUGAUUUUCAACCACUUGUACCCUUCUGAUGUCUGGAUGGUCCAAAAUUCAAUCAAGUCCACCAAACACAUGCUCGACUCCCAUCUGCUAGCACGCCGCCAUGCUGUCGACGACCUGAUGGGAUGGGCAUGCAGGCAAGGCAGCAUUCAAGCUGUCAAUAAGGCUGUAUCACUUGGCGCAGAUCCGAGUCUGGUCCAGGUGCCCGAAACGUCGGUACUUCGUUAUCCAACAUCAACUAUCGCCUUGGCUUCAAACCAUCUAGAUCUCGUCAAGCAUCUUUUCCAUCUUGGUGCAAACCUUCCGCCACACGUGCACGAAGACAUACAUGCAGAAGUAUUUUUCGGACAGAAACCACAACUCCUGAAAAUAUGUCUGGAGCACUGUACGAAAGACCAGUUUACCAACCUGCAAGCCAACCUCGAUCUGGCUCUUGAGCGGCAGGUUAGAUGCACAAUCGUUACAACAUCAGACAAAAGAGCGGCUGCCAUGGAUAAAGUCAAAUACUGGCUGGAAUUGGGAGCUAAUCCGACUGCGUUGUGUCGAGGUGGAACGACGAGUCUUGAUAUCGCUAUCUUGAGCUUCACAAACCUCCGUCAUACGUAUUGUCCAUCAUCAAUCGUUGAUCCCUUGGUAAAUUUGCUCUUGUCUGCAAAGCCUGAUCUCAACGCCAAUGCCCUUUAUGAGACCCAGAAGUUUAUGGAAGUGGGGGACGUAUCUAAAGCCAGUUUUGUCCCAUUAGGAGUGCUAUAUUCCAAACGUUUUGCACCAAGUCAACCAAGAUAA